AGCACACGAAACAUGAGAGUCGGAGGGCACGAAGUCACGAACUGGCACGGUGAUCUAUGAUGUACUAUCAUACACCAACUAAUCAGUAUCCAAGAAAAGUCAAGCUUGCUAGCACAUACUCCUCCUACAUAGAACAGAGCUUGCAAUGUGCCAAGUUGCGAAUACUCCUAGCAUGUCAUAGUCCUUUCCCCUGGGUGCCUCGUCCUUAAUCAAUCUGCUCCCUCAUGGCGAGCUCCAAGAGCGGCCUAUCGCCGGCGGUUAUCUUCCUCCUCGGGGCCGCCUCGGCCACCGUGUUGCUCGUCUUCUUCUUCACCGCCACCGCAGGUCCCGCGUGGCCCACGACGGACAUCAGUGCCAGUAGGAGGCAGCCCGUGGCUGGCUCAGUUUCUGCACGGGCGGCGAAGGUGACAGCAGUAUCAGAGCAGCAUAGCGGAGCAAGAUCACGAGCUCGAAAUGCGUCUCCUACCAAUGCGACGGACGAUGACGCGUUCGCGCGGAUGCUGCGGCGUGCGGCGAUGGAGGACGGGACGGUGAUCAUGACGUCGGUGAACGAGGCGUGGGCGGCGCCGGGGUCGCUGCUGGACUCGUUCCUGGAGAGCUUCCGCGUGGGGCUCAACAUCUCGCACUUCGUCAAACACAUCGUGGUGGUAGCCAUGGACGAGGGCGCGCACCGCCGCUGCCGCUCCCUGCACCCGCACUGCCACCUCCUCCUCCCGGACGUGGACGGCCUCGACCUCUCCGGUGCCAAGAGCUACAUGACCAAAGACUACCUCGACCUCGUCUGGAGCAAGCUCCGGCUCCAGCACCGCGUCCUCCUCCUCGGCUACAACCUCCUCUUCACGGACGUGGAUGUGGCGUGGUUCCGGGACCCGAGGGUGCACAUCACGGCGGCGGCGGACAUCACGACGUCGAGCGACUUCUACUUCGGCGACCCGGACUCCCUGGGCAACUACCCAAACACGGGCUUCAUCUACUUCAAGGCCGCGGCGAGGAACGCGCGCGCCAUGGCCUACUGGCACGCGGCGAGGGCACGGUUCCCCAAGGAGCACGACCAGUUCGUCUUCAACGAAAUCAAGCACGAGCUCGCCGCGCCGCCGAUCGGCGUCAAGAUCAGGUUCGUCGACAGCGCCGACGUGAGCGGGUUCUGCCAGCUGGGGCGCGACCUGAACCGGAUCGCCACCGUGCACAUGACCUGCUGCAUCGGGCUGGAGAACAAGCUGCACGACCUCAAGCGCAUCGUGGAAGACUGGAAGCAUUACGUGUCGCGCCCGGUGUGGGAGCGGCAGGCCGGGAGGAUCGGGUGGAGGUUCGAUGGGGGGAAGUGCAUACAUUGAUUAAUUGAUAGUAUAGUAAUACGAUCGAUCACAGAUUCGAAACGUGGUUCUUUGUCUGGGAAUUGAGAGCGAUGGCAUGGAAGCUUCGCCCCGGCAUGCCGUUCCGUUUCGUCAUGAAGACUGUUCAUAUUUCAGAAAUUACGAUGCAUGAUAUAAUAUACUCCAUUGGAUUUUAUGAUGUUCAGUUGUAAUUUGUUGCUAGCUAUGUCCAGGUUUCUUCUUAGUCGGAGGUAGAAUUUGGUAAGAGAGAAUUUGCUCACGGAA